GUGCACUUCCGGUACAUGUGAAUUUACAUAGCAGGACAGCCUUGUUUUGCGACACCCGCAAACUCAGAGGGAACAUGGGGGAUAAUCUCGGCCCCGACGUGUCUUUGCAGGAUACCAAAGCCGCUUACAUUUUGAGCAAUGUGGCGGAGGUCGUCGAGCGAGUUCUUACCUUCGUGCCGACCAAAUCUCUUCUCCAAAUCGCCAGUGUGUGCAGGCUAUGGAGCAACUGUGCCCGCAGGGUGCUCAGGACUCAGCAGCAGUUGGCCUGGGUGUCAGCCUGUGGACCCUCCGAUAUGCACGGACAUGUUCUCUGCAAGGUCCUGGCCGAGGAAGUGGAGAAAGUAUUUCUCCUGCCCAAAACAGUACUAGCAAUGCUGGAUUGUGAGGCCCUCAAUGAAGACGUGCACUGCUACAGACGGAAUCGAGCAAAAAGGAGCCGUCACAGUCGAGACACAGUUGAGGACAUGUUCCCUCGAAAUUGUGACGUCAUGGGCAUUGCUGCACCUGGCAUCGUCUUGACUCCCACUGGCUCGAGCUGCAGGCCUCCAGAAGAGCACCAAGAGGGGGAGGCCGGCUUUGCCCUCAUGUUCCCCAGCAUGGAGGGUGUCGACAUCAAACCUUUUCACUUCUGUUUGAAUACUUUUCUCCCAACUGAUCUGAAAGAAGCAGGACUUGUAGACAACCCAGAGCUACGAGUGGUGCUUAUCUUUUUCUAUGAGACGUAUCGAUCCAGAGGUGUGCAAUUCCUUAACCAAAUACUGGUGCCUCUGGCCAAGAGCACAGCUCUGAUCACGGGAGGACUGGUAGAAAAAGUCUUCCUUCCCAACAGAUACUGCUGCAGCAAGGGAGGGUGUGGCGUGAUGGGCCUGACAUUGAGCGGCCCCAAAGUGCAGGCAGCGUCUGUGCUCCUGGACCAGGAUGUGGUCAGCCCCAAGACGGCCGAAGCUACAAUCCGCAGGCUAAAGGCCGCUAAGAUCCCGGAGAAGAAUACGCUGGGGUUCAUGUUCGCCUGCGUGGGCAGAGGCCAGAAUUACUACAACCAGAGCAAUGUGGAGGCCGACGCCUUCCGAAAAGUGUUCCCCGAUGUGCCGCUCUUCGGCCUGUUCGGCAACGGAGAAAUCGGCUGCGACCGCAUCGUUAAAAACGACUACAAGCUGUUUGAAACUGACACAAACUCUCUGCAACACGAGUACACCACAGUCAUUACGCUGGUCCAUCUGGGUUGAAGCUGGAAACAUUCAACAUCAUUCCUUUGCUUCAUCAGAGGUAACCCUUCAGCCGCCUUUUUGAAGAAAACAUAUGGUUCUAUAGUCGAUCUACACACAUAUUAACACAGUUAAACUAGGAUUAAUAUCCAUAAUCUCUUUUAACAUCCUAUUAUGAUGUACUGUAGCUUCUUUGUAAAAUAUAUGUAAAUGAUGUGCAAACAGGCAGAUUUUACGCCACCUCAUAGGGUUUUUGCUUUGCCCUCGGGUGACCCAAGCUUGGGAAAUAAGCACUUUUCCUUCGGGUGUGAUGAAUGUGAGUUUUCUUACGCAAAGUCAAGGCGGUCACUUUGGUACACUAUAUGGACAUAGGUAUUUAGACACCUGGCUAAAAUAUGCAACUGUUGCUGUUCUGGGAAUUUUUUGGAGAAGGUUCUAGAGUGUCCAUUCACCCAGAAGAUAAUUUGUGAGGUUUAUGAGGUCAAUCAAGGAUACAUCAAUGGCCCUUGUUUUGUGCGACGGGAACAGGUAGCUCUUCCGCAAACUGUUUCCACCAAAUUGCAAACCUUGAAUUAUCCAAAAAGGCUAAAGAAUUCAGGGACCUGUCCUUGGUUAAUUAAGAAGUCUAUCUCCGCCUUACUUUUGUCCAAAACCUAUAAGCUAACUAACAUCAAGUGCAGGAAAACUGCAAACUAAAUGCAACUGAGUUAAAUCUAAAUUGGAAUAUUUUCUGUUCAUGAAUGCCCAAUGGCUCAGGAUUAAACCAUUUUGCCACAUACAGUUAAUAUUGCUACUGGCCAAGUGUAUCUACAUAAUUCUGGCGAGGAAAAUAAUAGACACAAUACCUCCCAACUUUUGGUGCAUACCUGUAGUUUUUAAUGAAGCCUCUUCCUGUCUUGAAAUACUUUCUAGCGAUAAAGCUGCAAUUGACUUAAUUACAUAGGUUCCUUUGUCAUGUUAAUGUUGAUAUUAGGUGCAACAAUAACUGUCUUUUGUCAUUCGCGCUUUCCAAUACUUUGCUUAAAAGUGAUUAUUUUUCCCUUGACAGAUACUUCAUUUUGUGCAAUAUGUUCAGAUUCAAUACAGGAUUUGUUUAAUAUUAAUUUUCAUAAUGCUGAGGUUUGAUAGACGGGUGAAAUAUGUUUUCUUGUAACCUUUAAUUUUUUAUCAAAACCAAGCAUUGUUAUAUUAGUAAAGGCAGCUCAGGUCUUGAAUCUCAUCAGAGGUGUGCAAACUUACUGAUAAAUUGAAGGAAGUGGGACUUUUUUUUUAACCCUUUUAAUAAACGCGCUAAACCCAACCCUAAGUAUAGUUGACAAAACAAAUAUAUAUUUCAGAAACUUAAUUGUCACCAGAUUUAUUUUGCAAAUAACUGAAACAGUUAAAAGUAUUUUUUCUCACAUUACAAAAAAACGUAUUUUGUGUGGCCUAAACCACAUUUUUCUGUUCAGAAAUGCAAGUAAAUAAUUGACAUCUUAAGAAAAUAUGCUAGUUUGUUUGUAAAAAUAUAAAUUAAUGGGGUGAAAAAUCAUGCAUAUUUAUUUAUUUGGCAUUAAUACUGUAUAUGGUGGAGUUUCUUAAAAACCCGCCCAGAUUCUGCUUAUUUCCUCACUGUAGGAAGUAAAAAUCAAUAGUUUUUUGCCUUUAAAAAGUUUUGGAAAAUGUUUUUAUUUUUAUUGAUCAGCUACACCUCCCUUGAAGUCUUGUACCCCUAAAAAAGGGUUAACCAGUGCGGCUUGCAGCUAUUUUUUCUAACACUCAUAGGACAAAGGCUGACUUUUUUUUCCUUCGCUAAAUUUUUGCUAUAAUUUGGCCGUAUUUUUUGUUGUUACUCUUAUGCAUGUUUUUUUUCCCCAGAGGGUUUUUUCAGGGCUUCACGGUGGCAGAGGGGUUAGUGCGUCUGCCUCACAAUACGAAGGUCCUGCAGUCCUGGGUUCAAAUCCAGGCUCGGGAUCUUUCUGUGUGGAGUUUGCAUGUUCUCCCCGUGAAUGCGUGGGUUCCCUCCGGGUACUCCGGCUUCCUCCCACUUCCAAAGACAUGCACCUGGGGAUAGGUUGAUUGGCAACACUAAAUUGGCCCUAGUGUGUGAAUGUGAGUGUGAAUGUUGUCUGUCUAUCUGUGUUGGCCCUGCGAUGAGGUGGCGACUUGUCCAGGGUGUACCCCGCCUUCCGCCCGAUUGUAGCUGAGAUAGGCGCCAGCGCCCCCCGCGACCCCAAAAAGGGAAUAAGCGGUAGAAAAUGGAUGGAUGGGUUUUUUUCAUAUUAAAUUUAAAAAUUUCAAUGCCCGAUUUUCUUUCUACAGGUGUACAUACUGUCAUUUAUUCCUCAAUACCCAAAAACUUUCAAAAAAUGGCAUAAACCAUUUUUUACUUUCUUAGCUCAAAUCUCUCAAUCAACUUCUGACCUAAACAAAAAUAGCAAACUUGUUAUUUAUUUUUCACCCUUUUGAAGGCCUUUUAAACAAAAGGUGCCACAGUCGUCAUUGAGUAUUACUUUGCAAAACAGUUUUACUAUUUUAAACCUGGCAUCUGAUCAUAAGGGUCAAAAUUAAACAAACAAAAAAUGGUCGUCUUUUGCUACAUCACACUUCAAAUAUUGCAGCUUCACCACAUUGCACAUCAUUUUGAUGUUUUUUUUUAAACCAUUUACUGCAACAGUUUUUCCCGACAUCAAGCCUUUUCAAGCAUAAACAUGUCAAAACAAACUAUAAAUAUUAAUACAUAAUAUUGGCUGCAAGAUGAGCCCAAACCAAUUGGAACACAAUGUUCAGUAUCGUGGCCACUGAUUGGCUCAGCCUUAUCCAGCAUCACUAUUUUGGAUUAAGAGUGUAAAUGUGACUAAAUUGGGUUAUUUCAUGCAUAGAGGUCUCUCAUGUUGAUUUUUUAUUUUAGAUUUAGCUCUUAACAGUUUUUUUUAAUGCUCAAGCUAAGAAAAUAUUAUCCAUCCAUCCAUUUUCUACCGCUUGUCCCUUUUAAGAGUCGUGGGGGGCUGGAGUGUAUCCCAGCUGCAGUUGGGCGGAAGGUGGGGUACAAAUUUCUAAUUGAAAUGCAUUUAUUGCGGACAUGUCCGGAACUGAUUACAGCAAGAAACGACGGAUCACUGUACAUGUUGAUAGUUUUGUUUAAAACUGAAGGUAUAUUGAGAAAUUUGAGCAAAAAAAGUAAAAACAAUUAAAUGUUUUUGAUGGCUUUAAUGCCCCUUCUCGUAUGUUGUUAAAUUCAACUUAAUUCAUUAUUAAUGAAAAAUAUUGACACUACACUAAAAUUAUUUGUCAACUGUUUAUUUGAGCAUAUUUUGAUCCAUACUGGAUUGGUUUUAGUGUCUUCCAUGUGCAAAAUGUAUUAAUGUGGGCCUCCCAUAUCUUUAAGUUUUUCACCUCUCGCCUAAACUUUUUUUCCUAAUGUACUGAUGUGACCUGCCUUCUUAAAUGUUCAUACAUUACGCUGCAGGCAAAAAAAAAAAAAAAAAAAGUCUGCUGCAAAUGUCCCUGUGCCGCACUUUUGACACCAUUGCAACAGAGUGUGCGGGUGUACCUAAAGGUGUGUCCUUUUUAGGUUUUGUGUAAUGAUCUUUGGUCCGGAUGCACUUUUCUACGGGAUGUGCCAAAUCUGUUUCAAAAUUGUCCUAAAAUAAAUUAAGAGUUAGAAAUA